UGACAAACUGCUGUGGAACGGCAAGUACUACAACUAUGACAGCAGCGGGAGAGACCUUUCUAAUAGUGUAAUGUCUGACCAGUGUGCUGGCCACUGGUUCCUGAAAGCGUCCGGGCUGGGAGAGGGAGACUACCAGGCUUUUCCAAAAGAUAAAAUCCAGAGCGCACUAAAAUCUGUCUUUGACUUGAAUGUAAUGAGCUUCGCUGGGGGCCAGAUGGGGGCAGUUAAUGGCAUGCGCCCUGAAGGAGUGCCUGACCGGUCCAGUGUCCAGUCAGAUGAGGUCUGGAUUGGAGUAGUGUAUGGACUGGCAGCCACUAUGAUUCAUGAGGGUAUGCAGGAGGAGGGUAUGCGCACGGCAGAGGGUUGCUACCGGACUGUGUGGGAGAGGCUGGGCAUGGCCUUCCAGACUCCUGAAGCCUACUGUGAGAAGGGAAUCUACCGCUCUCUGGCGUACAUGAGGCCGCUGAGCGUCUGGGCCAUGCAGCUAGCCCUGAACACUUCACAGAAGGAUCAGAUCACAUCGGCACAAACUGGAACCACAGAUGGAGAACAAGGACAUGAUCUGAGAGAAAAUCAGAGCUAGGACUUGAGCCAUCAGACGGGUGUGAUUUAGGUACAGUGGGUUCCUCCAAAGAUGACCUUCAAACUCUCCUGCAGCCACCACCCUCAUAUGUAGGGCUCCAUUUGAUCGGUCACAGUCCUUGAAUUUGAUUACCUACCGUUUGUUCUGCCGUUAAUUAUUUAUGGUUGACAAAGUCAGUAGCCACUGUAGAUCAUGGUAUUGUUGGGCAAGAGGUUCUUCAAGAGACUGGAAAUGGUUCCUGAUUCUUAGAAGUUGUGCAGUGUUGGGUUGGUAGCCAGGCAAUGUCAAGAUCAUAUCAAAAACUGACCUUUUGUUUCAGCAACAUAUUGUCUAUUUGCACACACAUACAGACACAUGCGAGCACUACAUUUUACAGUCGUCAAAAAUAAUGUUUGCAUAUUUGGAAAAAGUUUAUAUGCUAUUUGAGGACUGUGUGAUGUAUGUAUUGUCUGCAACAGUUGAGAUUUGAACAAUUUCUUUAUCAGAAAUAUAAAAAAAACAUUAAAGAUUUUCUUUUUCCGCUUAAUAAAUUUGAAUUCUGUAUUAACUAUGUAAUAUGCGAUCAGUAGUGUCGGAAAUUAAGUCUUAAAAAAUUACAUACAGUAUAUAUAGGUUUUCUUUUUUUAAAAUAGCAUUUGGUGCCUUGUUGCAUGUUGGCCAGAUCUACAGUACAUUAAUGUAGUGGCAACCGUGUUUUAAAAUCCAAUACACAUGACAAUCUUGCUGAAUAAAUGAUUAAGAUAAAAAA